ACUGCUUAUCACUGCAUUAUGUCUUCCUCAAUUGAUGAAUCAAAAAUUGAUGGCCAACAUCACGAAUUUGUAAAGAUUAAUAUGACAAAGGAAGAAAAACAAUAUGCCGAUGCAAUUGACUCAACUGCUGCCCAAUUGCAUGUUAAUACUACACCAUCUUUUGCCUCCAAAAUUCAACCCGUGCCUAUCGGUUUCGGCGCCUUUGCUCUCUGUUCUUUUGUUCUUGGUCUAUACAAUACCGGACUUAUCACAAAUAUGCCACAAGUCGCCGUUGGCGUUGCCUUUGGCUACGGUGCUAUGGGUCAAUUUAUCUGUGGCGUCUGCGAGUUAAUUCUUGGGAAUGUUUUCGCCGCUACUAGUAUGCUGACAUUUUCAGGCUUCUUCUUUACAUUUGGUAUCAUGAUGAUUCCCAGCUCAGGUAUUCUCGAAAUGAUUAUGGCUACUGGAGGUAUGGAAGCCGUUCAUGAGUGCAUGGGCCUUAUACAAAUUGGUUAUGCUAUUGCGGCGUUCCUUUUCCUGCUUGGUACCUUACGUCAACCAAUCUUAAUUCGCAUGGUUUUAUUACAAGUCUUUUUGGCAUUCCUUUGCGGCGGCAUUGGUGGUUUAACAGGCAUUAAUAAUUUCAACCUUGCUAGUGGUUGGAUUUCAUUCACACUUGCUCUCACAGCAUGGUAUAUAAUGGCCGCCAUUUUAUAUACUCCUGAACAUACAAUGAUCAAACUUCCAUUGUUCUAAACAUCAAAGUCAUCUUCAUAAUCUUAAGCAGUUUCUAUAUCAGAUUCAUUAUCUUGCGUCAUAUACCACCAAGAAAGCAUAACAAUAUUACCAUCCAUCUUAUGAUCUUUUACUUUCAUUCAAUAUUUGAAAAUGCUCUGUCUUUUCUGAUGUAAAAGCCUGUCUUGCUUACAGCACAAUGUCGAAAGGGGAGGAGGGGGGGGAAGGAAUACAGCGUCCCAACCGCUUAUUAUCAAU